AUGCCAGCAGCCUCUUCGUGUUCUUGGAAAUUUGAUGUCUUCCUUAGUUUUUGCGGUGUUGACACCCGUAAAAAUUUCAUAGACCAUCUCUAUACUGCUUUGAAACAAAAAGGCAUCAUCACCUUCAGGGAUGAUGAGAAACUUGAGAGAGGAAAAUAUAUUUCUCAAGAGCUCUUGAAAGCAAUAGAAGGGUCCAAGUAUGCAAUUAUCGUUCUCUCAGAAAACUAUGCUUCUUCUAGGUGGUGUUUGAUUGAACUAGCAAAGAUUGUUGAAUGCAUGAAGGAGACCAGGUUAACAGUUUUGCCCGUCUUUUACCAUGUGGAUCCCUCUCAAGUACGGAAUCAGACUGGGGCUCUUCUUGAAGCCUUUGCUAAACAUCAAAAAGAUCCCAAGGUUAACCUAGAGGAUGUGCAAGAGUGGAAAGCUGCUUUGAAAGAAGUGGGAAAUAUCUCUGGAUGGCAUGUUAAUGAUAGAAAUUCUCAAAUAUUGUUAAUUUCCAAGGACCUCGUUGGAAUAGACACUUGUGUGAAAGAAGUGUUGGAUUUAUAUUUGGAUGAAGGAUUGGGUGGUGUACGCUUUGUAGGGGUUUGUGGGAUGGGUGGAAUGGGCAAAACAACUCUUGCACAAGAAAUUUUCAAAAGAAUAUCUAAUAACUUUGAAGCUAGUAGCUUUAUUGAUAAUGUAAGAGAAGAAACUAGAAAUCAAGGUCUAGUUUCUUUACAGAAACAACUUCUUUCCAAGAUCCUUAUGGAAAGCGAAAUAAAGAUAUGGAACUUUUCAGAGGGAAUCAAUGUUAUAGGAAAUAGACUACGUAAUAUAAAGGUUCUUAUUGUUCUCGAUGAUGUGGAUGGAGAAGAACAACUAGAAGCAUUAGCAGGGAACCAUGAUUGGUUUGGUCCAGGGAGUAGAAUCAUUGUAACAAGUAGAGAUAGCCAUGUAUUGAGAAGACGUGGCAUGAAUUUUAUAUAUACAGUCAAUGGGUUGAAUGACAAUGAUGCUUUGGAGCUUUUUUGUUGGAGUGCUUUCAAGAAACUCCAUCCUGAAGAAGAUUAUGUGGAUUUGUCUAAGGACUUUGUAAAUUAUGCUAAUGGUCUUCCUUUGGCUCUUAAAGUUUUAGGUUCUUUGUUGUUUGAUAAAGAAAUAGAUGAAUGGAAAAGUGCUCGUGAUAAACUAAAAGCAGAGCCAGAUAGAAAAUUUUUAGAUAUACUUAAAAUAAGUUAUGAUGGACUAAUGAAUACGCAGAGAGACUUAUUUUUGGAUAUUGCAUGUUUUUUCAAAGGAAAGAACAAAGAUUGCAUAAGAGAUAUAAUAACAAGUUUUGGUUACUAUCCAGAAUACAAUAUCGGUGUUCUUAUAGAUAAAUCUCUCAUAACCAUUAAUGAAGAGGGAACCAUACUGAUGCAUGAUUUGCUACAAGAAAUGGGUCAAGAAAUUGUUCGUCAAGAAUCCCCCAAAGAGCCUGGUGGACGUAGUAGGUUGUGGCUUUAUAAAGACGUGCUAUAUGUAUUAAAGAAUAAUACUGGAACAGAGGUGGUUGAAGGCAUAAUGCUGAACAUGCCUAUUGAAAUAGAAGAACACUUGAGUGCUGAAGCCUUCUUAAGGAUGAAGAAAUUGAGAUUGCUUAAAAUAGGCAUUGUGCAACCUCCACAAGACCUCAUUAGAGGUCCAAUCCAACUUCCACAAGGCCUCAGUUAUCUUUCUAAUGAGUUAUGCACAAUAGAUUGGCAUGGAUAUCCUUUAAAAUCCAUGCCGACUAGUUUCCAACCAAACAAACUUGUUGAACUGAGAAUGCAUUGCAGUGGCAUCAAACAACUAUGGAAAGGAAUUAUGAUUUUAAAUGAGUUAAAACUCAUUGACUUGAGUGGCUCUCAAAACUUAAUUGAGAUCCCAGAUCUUAGUGGAGCCUUAAAUCUUAAGCAAUUAAUUCUUAAAUCUUGUACAAGACUAUAUAAGAUUCAUGCAUCUCUUGGGGAUCUCAAACGACUUAUUCGAUUGGAUCUAAAUGGUUGCAAAUAUCUUGAAAGCCUUCCUUACAAGAUCAGCUUUGAAGCUCUUGAAACUUUCGAUCUUGGGGGUUGUUCAAGAUUAAAGAAGUUUCCAAAGAUUGUGGAAAAUAUGUCACAUUUGUCAAUACUUUGUUUGAGUGAGACUGCUAUAAAAGAUUCAUCAUUAUUAGUGGAACAUUCAACUAGCCUUAUAAAUUUGGAUCUAAGACAAUGCAAAAAUCUUUCAAGUCUUCCUAAAGCCAUUUGUAGUUUGUUGUCUCUAAAAACUCUCAUUUUAUCUGGUUGCUCAAGACUUGACAGAUUACCAGAGAACUUAGGAAAUAUUGAAGGUCUAGAGGUGCUAGAUCUAAGUGAAACAGCUAUAAGAGGACUACCUUCAUCCAUGGUUCUCUUAAAAAAUCUCAAAGUACUCUCUCUCCGUGGAUGUGAUUUUCUAUCAUCUAAGCCAUCGAAUAAACUCCUCAAUUUUCCUUUAUUGCAAAGAAGAAGUCCGGAUCCUUUGGGCAUGUUAGAGUGGUCUUUAUCAGGCUUAUGUUCCUUGACAAAUCUAGAUCUAAGUUAUUGCAAUAUUCGGGCAAUCCCUGAUGCUAUUGGCUGUUUAUCCUCUUUAAAAAAUUUAAAUCUAAGGGGAAAUAAUGUUGUAUGCCUCCCUAAAAAUAUCAUUAGACUAUCUAAAUUGGGCUAUCUUUAUUUGAGUGGUUGCAUUGAUCUUCGACUGUUGCCUGAGCUCCCAUUAAAUAUUACAUGGAUUGAUGCACAAGGUUGUACCUCACUGGAAACAUUACCAAUAAGACAAGAAGAUAAUUUUCUCCCUAGUCUCCAUCUUCUUAACUGUGUCAAAUUGAUCAACAAUCAAGGUUACGGUGACAUGUUCUUAACAAUGCUAAGUCAUCACAUUCGAUUUCAGGGAUCAUAUUCAUGGCAAUUUCAUUUUCUUAUUCCUGGAAGUGAAAUUCCGAAAUGGUUUAGCCAUCAAAGUGAGGGGACAUCACUGAAUCUGCAAGGGCCUUCAGACUUUAUGGGAAUGGCUAUGUGUGCUGUUUUUGUACUCCGCCAGCAUCGUUCACCUCAGUACCAUCACAUUUAUUUUUACUGUGAUGUCAUCGGAACUAAAAUUUCAGAAAACUUAAACAUUGGUUUUUCCGAAGAAUUUGGUAAGAUUGAUUCAUAUCACCUUUGGAUAAAAUAUUUUCCUUUCAAAGGGAAAUGGGAGAAGGAAUUGAGUGAAAUCGAUGCUAAUGGAUCGAGUCAGAUUGUUGUUAAAUUUGAAACCUUCGGUCCAGGCUUGGAGGUGAUGAAAUGCGGGGCCCGUUUAGUAUACAAGCAAGACAUUGAAGAUCUCAAACAAACUAUGGCUUGGAGCAGCAAGUGCAGCAUCACUCCUUAUGAGGAUGAUUUAGACAAUUCAGCAAAAGAUACCAAAAUUAGGCGAAGUCGUGAUGACUCAAAUGGGGACGGGGCGGGACCUAGUGGAGAAGCUAACUUUGAUGAAGUAGACGAACCACACCCAAAGUGGAUACAACACCCUAAUCUAAUUGAAAAUUGGAUUGGGAAUUUAUGCACACAAGGACAAGGUAACACUAAUUGUGAGGAAGAGGAAUCCUGGUGACAAUGGUAGCAUUGAUAACUCUUCAAGGCUGAUAAACCUUCUGUCUUUGAUUUUUUUUGCCCCAUGCUGAAUGUGUAGACGUUUUGGACGUUGUUGGCAAAGACAAUUUUUCGCACUGUUAGCAGACAAGAAGAGAGGCGCAACUGAUUGUGUGCUCAUCAUUUUUGUUCAAUUAUGUUGGAGGUUGAUGGAUUAUCUGCUAUCAAUUGAAGAUCAGUAACCGUGUUGUUGCUGAUCAGAAUCAUCUUUAUUGAGGGUUCAUUCAUCUGCUUGAAACUGGCCAAGCUCGACAGUGCAGAAGUGUGGAUUAGUCUUAUAAUUUCUAACAUGCUGAUAUGUAAAGACGGUAGAGUAACGUAAACAAUUAAGAAUCAUGUGGCCUCUUUUAUUUUAUAAUUGGGAUCCAUUUAUCAAUUGAUGAUUGAUAAUAGCCAAAGAAAUUUGCAAAACUGAAAUUAUGAGGCAAUAACUAGUAGAACUAGAAGCUCUGAGGAGGAAAACAAGUUUUAGAAUAACCUAUCUAUUACUUGUACAGCUGCUUUCUUUAGUCUUCUCUUCUGUCGUAUAAUAAUAUAAAAGACCUCAUUUAUUUCUUCUUUUCUUUGUGAUCUGGUGAGAUAAAUAUUUCCAUGGAUAACUUUGAAUCGCAUUGUUUUUAAUAUUUAAGAAAUUUAUGCAUUUGCUCUUUUUAAUUGUCCUGUCAAUCAAUUUUUCCAAAGUUGAAUACUGUCCUACUUAAUAUGUCAACUUAUUGUUUGAUAUCCUAUGGCUAUCAAUUUAUUUAACAUUUCUGUCUGAAUCCAUAUGUACUUGAAUUCUAGAUCAAUCUAUAAACAUGAGGUUUAUUUAGAUGAAAUCCAUUCCUAGAAACUGUUUUGUUUGUUAAAUUAUGUUAUCUUUCUCCGCUCGAACUCUGCAUCUCUAGUGAAGAAUAUCCCGAAUCCACUAUUGCGCAACCGACCCACCACCUCUGCGGCUUCUCUCCAUAACGAUCCUAUGUGCUCUUUCUCAACCUCGAUUUAGCUGUUGCUGACUGCACUUCCCAGUAAGUUCUUUCUCAUUUUUUUUUUAAUGAUCUCUGUUUGGUAGCUGGGAAAACGAAGGAAAAUAAACUCUGUUUUGUGGGAUUAAAA